GAAUUUUUGCUUAAAACUAUUUAAAUACAUUAUGAUUUCUUAUUCUCAGCAAGCUAUGAUUGCACGUGAAGGUGAUUUAUUGACACGCGAACGCCUCUGCUGCGGACUUAGUAUUUUCGAAGUUAUACUCAAUCGAAUUAAAAGUUAUUUGGACGAUCCCGUCUGGACUGGACCAUCGCCAGCUAAUGGCAUUAUUCAUGUUGAUGAAUGUUCAGAAUUUCAUCGUUUAUGCUCGGCUUUGCAAUUUGUUUAUUGUAUACCGGUAACAGGCACUGAGUAUACCAUAGAAGAACUUUUCGGUGAAGGCUUCAUCAAGUAG